UCCAGCUCACACGUUCACGUAAAUGGGCUGCUUCUGUGCGCGCCCCCGUCCAGGGUUUGGAGAUGUCGGUGCCUUCUCCGCGUUCCUGGUGGCGGAGGGAAAAAGAAUUUGUCUCCUAAAAGGAAUCCAACCAAAAGGAGAAAAUGUUUAGAUGAGUGGUCGUCUGUAAUCGAGCUCAGACAUUCAGCGGCCGGACCUGAUUGGACUCUUCCCCUCUUGACGAGUUGCCGCCUGCAGCCGUUGUGGGCGCUGGAGUCGCCAUGGAGACGGUGGUGAUCGUGGCCAUCGGGGUUUUGGCCACCAUAUUCCUGGCGUCUUUCGUCGCCCUGGUGGUGGUUUGUCGACACCGAUACUGCCACCCUCACGACCUGCUGCACCACUUCGACUCCAAACCCACUGUUGAUCUGAUCGGUGCCAUGGAGACCCAGAGCGAGCCCUCGGAGCUGGAGCUGGACGACGUGGUCAUCACCAACCCCCACAUCGAGGCCAUUUUGGAGAAUGAAGACUGGAUAGAGGACGCUUCUGGUUUAGUCUCUCACUGCAUCUCUAUUCUAAAGAUCUGCCACACUCUGACCGAAAAGCUGGUUGCCAUGACAAUGGGCUCAGGGGCAAAGGUCAAAGCCCCAGCCAGUCUGAGUGACAUCAUCACUGUGGCCAAACGCAUCAGCCCGAGGGUGGACGACGUGGUCCGGUCCAUGUACCCUCCUCUGGAUCCCAUCCUGCUGGACGCCAGAGCCACCGCCCUCCUCCUCUCCGUCAGCCACCUGGUGCUGGUCACCCGCAACGCCUGUCACAUGUCCGGCAGUAUGGACUGGAUCGACCAGUCGCUCCACGCCGCUGAAGAUCACAUGGUGGUUUUGCGCGAGGCGGCGUUGGCCUCUGAACCAGAACGAAGCUUACCUGGAGCAGACGUACAGCGAGAACAGGCUAUCUAGAACAAACACAGACUCCCAUGUAAAGAAAUACACAAACUGAUAGGACGUGAAAGUCUACUCAGAGGCACAUAUUCUGCCCAGAACGUGUUGAAAAGGCUUCACAAAGUCUGAAUUUGUCAGAAUAGUAACACUUCAGAGCUGUAAUCUGGCUGUGUAGAUACAUAGGACACCAUUUCCAUGCACAAAAGACACAUUUUGUGAUUAUAGAAGAACAUUUGUGAAGGUAUUUGAACGUAAAGCGAGUCACACAUUCAGGUAGAGGUAGCCUUUAAAUGGAACCCUGUUUUUGCAGCAGCUCUGUUUAAGGUAUAAGCAGCCUUUCAGAUGAACAGUCUUUGGAAAUUUCUCCGGCGCCAUCACCCAGCGGUGGGCCUAAAUCCAAUCUCACCAGUUCUGCACAGUCACAUGGAGGCUUAGUCAGCUAAUCCAUUCUGAGGAAAAUAACACCCAGUUUGCUAGUGAGCCCAAAGGGGGUGGGGGGGUCCGACUCAGUGGACCAGUAGAAGACUAACCUGACUUAUUUACAAUUUGUGAGGUCAUGAGUUUUUUGGUGCAGCUGGAGAAACCAAGAGCGCCACUUUUUUUAGCCACAUCAGCAGCAAGAACACAUUUUUCCUGAUGAGUAAUGCCCCCUUUGUGGCAUUUCUGCAUUCAAAAGAAUAAUUACAGCUGUUGUCAGUGGGGAGUGGGGUGCGUUUUUGUCGAUGCAUGAUUUCUAAAGACUUUGAGUCAAGAAAGAAGUCCUUCUCUUUAAUUCAGAAACAAGGGUUUGGAAAUUGGAAGGCUCUGAAAUUGCAUUUUCUAUCUACAUGGGGCAAGGAACAAGAACGUUACAAAAAAAAAUGUUUGAGCAGAUCCAGAACUGAAAUGUAAUGCAGAGUUUUUCAGUUUUCACACUGUGCUGGGAAAAAACAUAUUAUCCGCCCAUAUUGUAGUGGUUUUAUAUUGUGUGUUGAUUGAGGUGGAGCAGAAUUAGCGUGCUGUUUUGACCAGAGGGAUGUUAUUGGAGCGUGCCUACCUGCUCCCCCAUGCAUAGCUAAUAGUAAAUCCCACAGGACUCCUAAUAAGGCAUUACCAUCACCCACAAUGAACACAUGGGCUACAGCUACAAUACACAUGGCACAAACAUUUGUACACACACAGAGGCCGGCAGACAAGUAAACACAUCAGUACAAUGUAUGAAAAAUGACUGUAAAAUACACACCAU